CGCUCGACAUGCACUCCCCCUACUCCUCCAACUGUCCCACUGACCGACCGCAGUGGAAAACCUCGCCGUCGACCGCACCAGACUAAGGAUAUAUCCUAGCGUGUCUAGGAAUGAUGGAGAUCGACAUGUCCGUAUCGGCGGGUGCGCUGCGAGCGUCGCGCUCGAUGGGGGCCGCGUCUGCCGCCCUAGUCACAUCGACCUCCACCAAAAGAGCACGUUCUCCCGUGUCUCCGAGUGCAUAUGACCGACCUGCAAAACGGCCGUUGGUGGGCGACGACGUGUCCAUUGCGAUACCCAUUGCACGAUACCCGCAUGUGAGCGAGGAUUGGGUGGCGCAGACGCGCGGUCUGCGGAUUGCGAGCCCGAUGUUGCCGCCGGGUCAUGGUCCACUGCGUAGUUCUGUUGAAGAAGACUCGAGGACUGUUGCAAGAGUUGAUGGUGGCGGACUACAAGACUUUCCACUGGCGGACGAAGACGUGGCGAUGGCUUGCUCACCGCCACGCCUACGGCAUGGUAUAGACGCUCUCUCAGAACCUCCCCGACCAACGAGCGUAUCAUCAUGCCAACCCGAACUUCCGCCUCAUUCCAUCACGCCUACACCUGUGAUAGCACCGAGCUUUCACCCGCAUGCUUCAUCCAUCUCGGCAGCGUUAGCCGCGCCAUCACAUCUCGCUCCCAGCCACCACUGCCAGGACCCGCGAGAGGCAGCACACAUGGCGCGCAAACAGAAGUUCACGAUGGGCCCAAGGGCGGAUUGCGAGAAGUGCCGACUGGGCGUGAAGGGACAUUGGAUGCAUUUUGACUAGGGAGGUUGUCUGGGUUCAUGCUGUGCGUUCAUCCAUGCAUUGUGCUGCGUUCAACAGUCCACGGUUCCAUGAUUCCGCGCUUUGAUGUAUUGGUUUUGGAUCAUCGUGCUUUCUGACUAUUCAUAUGAAUCGAUUCGACAUACCAAGACUGCAAUUUGCGGAGGCGAGAUACUAUACGUUUGUUUCUGCGGCUCUUUCGAUAACACUGAUGUUCAAUUUACACUGGAUGCCCUGCUUGUCCUGUCUGCCGAUGGAUUGCGUUCAGGAUAUGCACCAGCGGGCGUUGACGCACAUAACCACACAAGCACACAAUGCGUCAACAAGUACAACCAGCUAUCAUAUCCACUCUAAUCUCGCUCGAGCUGUCUUCCAC